GCCAGAGACUGUCACACGGUAAUACAUCUUAUAGUGGACGAUUAGAACUUUAUCAUGGCGGACAAUGGGGAACUGUUUGUGAUGACGGAUUUGGAGAUAAUGAGGCAUCUAUAGUUUGCAGAUAUUUAGAACUAUCUUGGAAUGGACGUUUUUCCUACGAGUUUAAAGAUUGGAGUGGUUCAAACUACCUACUAGACGACAUUGUCUGUACCGGACGAGAGUCAAGUAUAUUAAAAUGCAGACACACGUCCUGGAAUACUUACAACUGUGACACCACGCAUAGAGAAGAUGUUGGUAUUCAAUGCUCACCAGAUGAGAUGGCUCUAACACUUGAAGGUGGAAAUAAGCCUAAUGAAGGAAUCGCUCAGAUUAUGUUGUGGAAGCAAAGAAUCAAUAUAUGCAGCUUGGGAUUCGACAAAAAAGAUGCAAUCGUCUUUUGUCGGGAAUUAAACAGUAAUUACCGACAUGUUAUAGUAGUAUCAAGGCAUACAUACAAUACAUCAUCAGAUGACAUAUACCAAGAAACUUUCCACUGUACUGGUAAUGAAACAAAGCUUGUACACUGUCCUCGCUUCUCUGUAAGAUGUCCAAGUGACUCUAAAGCAGCUAUCGUCUGUGAUCCAACACCUUCUUCAGUGAAGUUAGAAGUACCAUCUCCUAUGAUAGUUAAUGAACCUGCGAACAUAACAUGCUCUGCCACCGGCGGUAGUCCAGUGCCUGAUAUUUGGUGGAACUGUUGUAAUAAUGACAACGCUACAAAUGUGAUAUUGUCUGAGAAUCAGGUCAUGUCAGUUUUAGAAUUUAUGCCUUCAAGGGAGUGUAAUGCAGAAACAUGUACAUGUUUUGUUCAUCAUAAUGAGACGACGUUUCCCGAAAUUCAAAAAGCAGAAAACCUUGUAGUGUAUUAUCCAGUAAGAGUUGAUUUAAAUGUAACAGUGCCAAUUCUGAUUGAACAUCAACCAGACAUUUUGACAUGUGAGGCUUCUGACGGAAAUCCUUUGCCAGAUAUUUGGUGGACAUGUAGUGGAAUACCAUAUGAUAAUGUUACAUCGAUUAUCACACAUAAUUCAUCUACUUCAAUCUUGUAUAUGACGCCAACUGCCGAUUACCAUAAUAAAACGUGUACCUGCAUCGGGAAGCAAAAUAACACAACAUUUGAAGAAAUUUCCAAAACAUCAGUGUUGCAUGUGUUAUAUUCAGUUAAUGAGAUGACAGUGUCUUCCACUGACCUUUUGGCUGGACUCCGAUCUUAUCUCAUUUGCCGGGUUGCAGGUGGUAAUCCAAAACCAGAUGCAAAAUGGUUUUGUGAUGGCGAAUUGCAAAAUUUUUUUUCAAUAAGAUCACCAGACGCCGUCUUAGCACUAAUGUCAUUUAUUCCAACUGCAGCUCAUGAAGGCAAGCGAUGUACAUGUGUUGUAAGCCAGCCUGGAACAAAUUUCAACGAAAUUUCACAGUCAUUGGUUCUUCGUGUAACACAUGAUUCAACGAGCACAGGAGAAUGAAUCAAGGAAAUGCAAGUGAAUCGUGAUCAAAAUUUAACUACCAUAGAAAUUGUUAUAUAGAGGACAAAUAGCAAAGGAACAAUUAAUGUGAAAAAUUUUAUGCAUUUAAUUUUUAUUGUUUUUUUUUAUUGUCAAACAUACUAUAUGACAAAGGAGAAGGUUUAAUAAGGCUACGUUCUCGGGUUCUUGAUUACAAAAAUGAAAGAAGUAUUAUACAUAUAUAUAUCUUAUUUUAUCAUGUUUGUCUUAGUAUUUCUAAUUUUGUCUUAUGACAGCACAUUCAGCUGUUCACAACAGACCUGGGGUCAAUUACAUGAAAAAGCAGUUGAUUACAUUUCAAUUACAUACUUAUUUUACAAUUUUGAAAUGUUAUUAAUUAUUUUGCAUCUGCAUGUCAAUAAUGUUUGUGCUGAAGACCUUAUUAUAUCAUGAUAUGUGAUCCAACUAGUAUUAUAAUAUUUUUGCAAUAAAUUAGUAUGUUUAUAA